AAGAUAACAUCAGAUAAGAAAACAGCUGUUUCUGAAAUUCACCUUUUUGGACUUCAAUUAAAAUGCACUGAUAAGAAUUGUAAGGGUAAAUCACGAGAAUUAAAACUUUAUGAAGAAUUAG